AUGGAUACCGUCUCCCGACGACUAAUCAAAGAGCUACGAGAUUUCCAACGAGAAGCAAACGCUCAUCCCGAGAUCCUCGACCUAUCACCCGAUUCAGACCAUGACUUGACGCAUUGGAAAGCACGGCUAGCUGGUCUAUCCGGUACACCUUAUGAAGGUGGAGUCUUUGACCUUACGAUACAAGUCCCACACAACUACCCUAUUCACCCACCAACGAUGCAGUUCACAACCAAGAUUUGCCAUCCCAACGUCCAUUUCAAGACAGGCGAGAUCUGCUUGGAUAUCUUAAAAACAGAAUGGUCCCCUGCAUGGACAUUGAAGUCAACCGUUUUGGCCGUAUCGUUAUUGCUUUCCAAUCCUGAACCAUCUUCGCCACUCAACUGUGAUGCUGCCAAUCUCUUGCGUUGUGGUGAUCAGCUUGCUUAUGAGAGUAUGAUUCGCAUGUAUACCCAAUUGUACGCCAUGAACAACAACAAAUAA